AUGGAGAAUGGACUCGAGUUGAAAUUCGAUGUCGGUGCUGAAGAUAGCUUCUUUGAUUCAUUCUCAAGUGAGCAACAACAACAACAGCACGAUCACCAGCAAAAUCUGCAAGACCAGCAACAUCAACAUGAGCAGCAGCAGCAACAGCAACAACAACAACAACAACAUGACCAGCCUGAGGAGCAGCAGCAGCAGCAGCAGCAGCAGCAGCAGCAGCAGCAGCCUGAGGAGCAGCAACAACAAAAUCAAAUGACUGAUACAAAUGGAGAUACUUCAACAACACCCACUGACGUUGAUGAAGUUAAGGAACCAGUAAAAGAAGAGGCAAAUACUGAGCCCACUUUGCCCAACACUGAUGAGAGUUCAGAUCACUCUAGCAUCCAAAGCAAUGUUACAGCACAGCAACAGGAGAUCCAGCAACAAACUCCCCCACCAUCCUCUCCUCCAAUUGUUGAGGAGCAACAGCAGCAGGAGCAAAGAAUAGAGAAUGAACAACCUCAACAACCAGAGCAGUCCACAGAUGAAAAGGAUUGUGCAUCUUUCUUUGGAAGCGAUUCAAAUACACAGGUUGAUGAGUUUGCUUCAUUCUUUGGCAACAAGUUGAGCGUCUCGGACAUUACCACAAAUCAAACAGCAGCAGAGGUGAACCAGCCAGCCUCGUCUUCAACUAGCAACAAUAGCUCUGCGACUGCACCACAGGCAGCUCAUGCUGAGCAGCCACACGCCAAGCAGCAAACAGUUCAGGAGAAAGAGCUGUCCUCUUUCUUUGGAGCCAGUGACGAGGGCAGUGACUUCUUCUCGACAGCGUCGUCCGAUGAUGCUAGCACUAUGUUCUUUGACUCUCUGAGUAGGCAAGAGGAGCGUCAGGCUCAACAGCCACAGACACAACAGCAACAACUAUUUAAUGCUCAGCAACAACAAUAUCAACAACAGUUCCAACAGCAGCCCUACCAACAACAGCCCUACCAGCAGCAGCAACCAAUGUUCCAGCAACAACCACCCCAGCAACAGUUCCAGCAGCAUUUCUCGGUGCCACAACAACAGCAGUUCCAACAACAACAACAACAGCAGUUCCAGCAAUAUCCACCACAGCAACAGCAGUUCCAGCAACAACCAUUUGCUCAACCAUACCAACAACAACCGCUGCAGCAACAACCGCCUCAACAACAUAAUCAAUAUUCUGCCUAUCAACCUCAGCAGCAACAACAGCAGUACAACUCCUACAAUGUUCAACCAACCCCAGCUGUUGUGACUCAACCGUACCAAAUGAGUCAGCCAACGCCAGUGAAUCAGGGAUACUUCCCCAACACUCCUGUUUCUGUUCCGCUCUCAACAGGCCCAGUACCAAUACCAAUAUCUGCUCAGCCAAUCGUUGGAGUACAGGCCCGUUCUUUUGAACAAACACCAGUUGUCCAUCCGCAUCCACCUGUGGUUGCCGCCCACCCCCUUCCUGCGUCUCCAUCACCCUCACCGUACACAACGUCACCACCAGUGACACCAUAUCAGCAGACGUCACCUGCAUCGACCUACACCAAUCAAUCAUCCUCUGUGACGUCCUCUUCCUUCCCCUACACAAGUGGCAGUGGUAGCGUCAGCGCAUCCACCCCUGGUGGCAUUCACAGUAUGAGUCAGUCCGCUGGAUCAGUUCCCCUUCACCCACCAGUCACACCUACCCACAACAACAAUAAGCCCAACGACUUCAACUCUAUGUUACAACAACAGUCAAACCAAAAGACGCCAUCCGUUGCCACUUUUGACACUCGUCCACCAUCGUCGUUCACAGCAACAACUUCACCAAGCUCCUCAGUUGUUAAUCCACAACAAAUGACGCCUUCAAUGCCCAUACCAAAUCCAUCGUUUGUUGCCACAAACCCAGUCCAGCCCCAACAACAACAACCACCUCUGUACCAACAGAUGCAACAAAAUCAUAUUCCUCGCAAUGUAUCAAUGCCCGACUUUACACAUCAAUCAUCAUCGACACCUUCGAGCUAUGGCGCAUUUUUCCCACCCCAGCCUCAGCCUGGCAUGAUGCACUCUAUGGAUCAGAUGCAACAAAUGUAUUCAAACCAGGGCCAGCCAAUGCAGCAGCAACAACAACAGCAACAACAGCAACAGCAACAGCAACAUUUCCAUGCUCGCUCUACUUCUUGGGGUGGCAGUGGUGUAGCACAGCGAGCAGAUACACUACUAUUCUCAAGACCACAUCCUGUUAUUUCGUUUGGAUUUGGAGGCAAGCUAGCGAUGCUCAGACCAAUACCUGGUGCUCCACGCAACUCCACAAUCCAAACCAUUGGCAUCAAGAAUCUGGUGAAACAAUCAGCACUAUACAACAAUGUAUCAACAUUCCCUGGUCCGCUCUCCAACGCAUCAAAGGACAACGUCAACAAGUGGAUUGGUGAGAGAAUUGUCGAUAUUGGUGCUGGUAGACUGGACGACCUCUGCUCAAAGGAUAGAGAGGCCUCUGUCCUGUUGUGGGAGAUACUACGUGUGAUGGUCAACAAUGACGGUCAGGUCUCUGACAAUGAAAAGAACUUUGAUAAGAAUGUUCAGCGAUUGUUGUUGGACAACCAGCAGCAGCACGCCAGCCAGGUGACCUUCCCCGCCCAAGUGAUUCACUCGGACCAGAACAUGCACUUCCUGUUGAACGAGAUGCAGACCAUGCUCAUCCACGGCAAUCUGCAAGGUGCCCACAAGUUUUGCAUGGACAACCAGCUCUGGACACACGCAAUGAUACUCUCCCACUACCUUGGACCAGAGGCGUACAAUCACACACUGAUGGCAUUUGCAAGCGCCAACUUCCCAGCUGGUUCUCCCCUGCGUACCGUCUACAGCCUGUUCUCCAACAGCACACGCGAGCUGCUACGAGAGUUGACUGCACCCAAUGCAUCACCGGCCUUCCUGGACAACUGGAAAGAGAACAUUGCCACUCUGUUGUUCAACGGCAAGUCGUCGGGACUAAAGGCAAUUGGAGAGAUUGGAGACUGCAUCUGGGCAAUCAAGAGACGCACAGAGGCGGCACACGUCUGUUACCUGCUCUCGGACUAUCAGUUUGGAUCGUACGACAAUCCCAACUCGCGAAUUGUACUUCUAGGCGGAGAUCACAAGGUCUCCAAGAGCUAUAUCACAAGUGAGUCGCUUCAACGAUCAGAGAUCUACGAGUUUUGCAAGACACUGGGCAACUCUCAGUACUCUCUGGCCAACAUCCUGGCUUACAAGUUUGUCUACGCCACACUGUUGUGUGAUCUUGGUCUAAUCGACCAAUCCUCAAAAUAUAUCACAAGCAUCAAGAAUACAAUGAAGAAUCAAAAGAUCAAUCAUCCAUGUUUCGUGUAUCAACUUGAUACGUUUGCUGAGCGAAUAACAACAUUCUCAUCGUCUGCCAAGACUGGAUCGGGAGGCUCAUGGAUCCCAUCAAUCUUUAAGGGCUUUGGCUUUAGUGGCGGAGCAUCUCCAUCCAACAAGAAGUACAACACCUCUCCUCUUCCUGCCUCAACCGCUCAUCAACAGCAACAGCAACAGCAGCAGCCACAGACUCUACAGCAGCAGCAACCUCCAAUAGCAAGCCCUGUUAGAGAUACUAUUGCUCCAGUUAGCAGGAGUACACCUUCACAACAGAAGGAUGACGAUGAGGACCUCUACAGCUCCUUCUCGACCAAGCCAAAGGCAAACACUAACCAAGCACCGAUUGCUGCGGCGGUUGAGAGCACUCCAACCUCCAUGGAUCAGGAGCCAAUCCAAGGCAGUCCCUCAGAUGAUGGCAAGGACAAGCAGGGUGGUGUCAAGUCAUGGUGGCCAUUCAGGAGAAGCAAGAGCAACAGCAACAAUGGUCAAUCAAAGGAGAUGUUGUUGAACGACGAGAACAGCUUUGUCUACAACGAGGAGCUGGGACAAUGGGUGGAGAAAGGAAAGCCAUUGCCCAAGCCAGCGGAGCCCACUCCUCCACCACCCAUGAUGGGAACAUCUUCCCCACCCGGCUCGCCAGCCAUGUCAACACCACCUGGUGCCUCUUCAAUGAUGAUGAUGGCAUCUCCACUUGGUGAUGAGCCACCCUCAUCACCUGCUGGUGUCAACAAAUACGUGUCACCGACUCCAGGAGGCAAGAGAAGACCUCGCUACCUGGACACAUUCAACCAACAGGUUUAUACAGGAUCGUCUGGCAGCAACAUACCAUUGGUCAACUCGAGCGAGGGAUUGAGUGCUAUGAAACCAGCGAUGCCCAUGCCACUCGAGGCAUCAACCCCAGGCAGCUUCCAGCCAUCCAUCCCUGUAGCGCCAGCAGUCGUAGGUGGAGUUGAUCAGUUCAACAACCAACAACCACCACCAACUGGAAUGGCACCACCAACUGGAAUGGCACCUCCAAUGAUGAAUGGCAGUGGUAGUGGCUUCCCUACGUUUCCACCCCCUUCCAACUAA